AUGAAGCCAGUCGAAGGCAAGUACGACGACGUCAAUGUUCUAAAUCGCCACAGUGAUAGACACAGUUCAUCAUCAAGCCAAACUGCAGCCCGAUCAGACAGAUCCAGCUCUACACUGUUAGCUGAUGAGAAGGAAGCACAGAAUCUGCAUGACAAAUCAUCCGCCGAAAAGGAGGAGGUCACUGAGGCAGAUGACACCGAGCGUCAGCUUGACAGUGGGUAUGAAGGAGGUGAAGAGAGUCAAGGGGAAGGAAGUGAGACGUCUAGUCACACAUUAGCACGGUCGGAGGGUUCCAGCUGUACUCUGGGACGAGUCAAGGAGGAGGACGAGCACACGGAAGAAGGUGAGUCUGAUGACGAGGAUGACUUAUUUGCACAGAGCUACCGGAACGGCAGCAGAAAGUGA